AUGCCUGUAAGGCCGCGAAGUGUUUAUACGGCUCAUUCAUACAAUCAGGAGGAAUCAAAUUUGUCCGCAUUUCAAGAUUAUAGCAAAUUUUUGGAAGGUGGUUUGGGCCAAGCCGAGCUGGUCGGUGCUGCUGCAUGGCAACCUCCUUGGAGGGCUCCGUUGCAACGAAAGGCUCCGUUCUAUCCUGGCGAUGAUAUUUAUCAUGCCGAUACUUGGAGGGACUUGGAGGUGACGGAUGUAGUCGGGGGAGCUCGUUAUAACGCCUCGGUGACUCCACACGGUACGGUCUGUCUGCGACUGAGAGAUCGGGUCAAGGUGGACAUGACAGUCGACGGUGCUGUACGCGUGACGAACGCUAAGUACAACAUAGUGCUGGCGUUAUCGCAGUCUGGUGCCGCCGCCGCGCUCAUUCAUCCCAACGGGCGCGUUUACAACUAUCGCUCGAGGGUGGAGAUUCAGGCGCAUCAUCAGCAAGGCAACAACAAAUACGCCAAGAUGUGGUACAAGGGUGUGUCAUUCACGGCGGAGCAGUGCGCGCUGGUGUACCUUGUGGACGCGGCCGGCACACGCACCACCACCGACACCUUCCUCGACAUGAGCCAGGACUUCACGCUUAACGUCUUUUACAAUGAGUCGGGCCACGGGCCGUCGUACGUGAAUAAGGCUCUGUCACUUCUGCAAGCGAUGCAGUACUGGCUCACUGAUGAUGGAAUCGACAACUGGAUUAUCAACAACGUACGUGUCAGCCAGACUGCCGAUGGGCUCGUGCGCAUUCAUCGCUGCAGCCACAAAUACCAGUUACGCACUAGCCCCAGCAACGGAUCUGCUUCCAUCACCAGCCCUUUUGUGCAUUGCACCGCCUCUCUUGGUCAGACACAGCAUUUGUUUGUGCGCCGCGGCGAAAGGCGUAUGCACUUUGACGGUAAUUCGUUCAUAGUGCGUAACGCCGGACAUUCGGCCGGCUUCGAUGACAAAAACCAGCUGAAAGUGUAC